AUGGAAGGCAAAUUCGCAUUGGAAUCCAGAUUCAUCUCAUGCUCAUCAGAAGCCUGGUUAUAUCAAAGGGUCGGGGCAAAUACACCGACACCGAGACGCAAAGGCGUCGAAGAUGAUCGAUUCAUCGCACCCGACAGCCAUCUCGAAAGGAUGAUGGUUCAAAGCACAGAUGAGAUUUACGAAGGCCCAAGGAACUCGACGUGGAGACGAACAUUCGUGCGCAACAAAGCGCCAAACGCUAUACGCGUGGCCAACUGGCCUAUGAACACUGCUCCGCUGGACGCCGAGCAUUGGUCACAACACGAUUGGAUGCUAAUCGUUCUCAAAUGGCCUGUUUCUUGUAUCGUCCUCUCUGCCAUGCUAUUGAAAGUUGGGAAAAUGUACGGCGGCGCCUCUCGGCUCGCUCACUAUGCCCCUUUCCCGUACAGAUACUGGGGCUAUCCGAAAGUUGCGCGAAACAUGCUCGAAAAUGUCCCUGCUAGGAUUGAGACAAACGAGGAAGUGGACGGUGCACAUCCCGUUUCCGAACGCCCUUUGUAUCCAAGCCGGCCGUGCUUUGUCGAUGGCGGCAAGGACAAGGCCGGCCGCACCCACCUGUACGAGGUCAGUCUGUGGCUGGAGCAGCACAACAUGGCCGACCAUGACAUGAAGUUCAUUUUCGUGGCUUAUACCUCGACGCAAUUCACCGAUAGCGACGAGGACAUUGAGCCCUUACACGCCAUUGCUCGAGAAGCCGCGACUAAGCUCAAGUGUCCAGCCUGCUGGGCCGGGUCAGCUUGCAUGUCCGAAGGCGAGAAGCAGCUCGAGCAGGACGUCUACCGCAUCAGUGAUGUUAUCCGAGCAGCUCACUCUGUCGUCAUCGCCAUCAAGCCCCAGCCCGGCAGGAAGGAGGCGCUCCUAGCUCCGAAGGACCAUCCUAUCCGCAUAUACAACGUUCCCAGCGGUCGAGUGCAAUUCGUCAAAGAGCUGCCUAAGAAGGAUCUUGCCGCUCUUGUCUGGCCAGAGGACAUUGGUCUCACAAGACAGCUCGUCGACCAUUAUGAAGGCAACCUGACAUUGAGCCGGCUUGAGCUUGUCAUUUUGGCCUUGAGGUGCCUCAGUCGACGGAAAACGUCCCCUUACCUCAAAGGCGACCUUGCAUAUGUCCUCAUGGACUCCGAGUUUCAGGCGUUUGCAAGAUUGUCCCUGGCGAACGACAGUGACACUUUGCUCGAGCGUCUACUGUGUGUUCUACCCAGAUCGCACAAUCAGCCAUGGUACCAUACUGCCGACAUGUUUGGCGUUGCUGGAGUCUGUGAAGAUGAUACCGUCCUCCUUGAUGGUUGUUUUGGCGCUUCGAACCGAUGGGAGUCUUUCGUCGCCGUGGCUCACGAUACUCAAGUUUCGUGGAAAAGAUCGAUCGUCAAGCUCUGGAUUCGGAUUGCGCCGAUCCUGCUUGUUUUGGCGGCUCUUCCAAGUACUGUCAUCACGACAGGAUCACGGGUGGCUUUGCUGCUCUUCAGCCUGCCCAUCUUCGUCAUCUCGCCAUGGCUCGUCCGCAUCCUGUAUGGGGGCAAACCAUGGAACAUUGCUCCUCAUUUUCUCGGCUUCGAAGGGUACCUGGACAUCGUUACGAUCGAGACCAAUAUCUAUGGUCACUACAGCGGCCGAUCGUCCUGGAGUCCAGCUGGCAGCAAUUUGAGCCGCCACCAGAUGAUUGAGUUCGGCGAAUGCAUCGGCGAAGAUCCUACCAGCGAUGGUCUCGUUGCUGACAUGGUGAAGCAAGCCAAGUACAGCAACUAUGGUGAGCAGAAGGUGUUCACGCUGGUUGAUACACUAAACGGGUCGGUGACCUUGUUCACGGCCACAAGACCACCAGUUGCUGCUCUGCUCUGCGGCCAGGAAGGAGGAAUGCAGCGUGCAGUGAUGGUCUCUUUGGAUUGGAAGACCUCGACGCCCUACCGCGAGACGGUCUUGCGGAUGCCGACGACUGUCUUGGAGAGGACGUGGCGUAUGGACAGGGCCAGAGUUGGGCUGAAGAGGCCUUUGGAGCGGACGGUUUUGGUUCAGAGUGCGUAA